CUCUGUAGAUCAACAGAGAUCGAUAUUUAGAGAUAGUCUUGAACUCGAAAUAUUAACAGAAGUUGUCCCAUCCUCCCCAAGUCCAUUCGAUUUCAACUUUGGACAAUCUUUGGAGCCACUGGAAUCCCCACGACGCGUGCCCAUCGUGUUCUUCUACUCGAUUUGCCACCCUAUCUACAACUACUUACAUAGGUAGUUAGUCAUUUCAUACCGCAACCACCUCCCCGACUCCAACAAUCCCAUCGCUCGAGGACUCAUCUAUUAUAGCGGACCUGUAAGUCCCUCACAAACCGCGACACGCUCGCCACUUUCAAGGACUGCUCAAUCCUCAACAUGGCCCUUCCACCUCCACCAGGCGUCUCCCGACCACCGACCUCGACUACUCCACAACCGCACCCGUCUCUCCCAGCGCGACCGCCUCCGCCAUCCGACCCUCUCCCCCCUCUUCGAAGUGGUGGGGCGCUGGCUGCUGGUCAGAAUAAAAGCCGCAACACCAACUUCAGCACAUUCACUGGCUUCAAACCACGGUCGGUCGCCAGCGCUUCGUCCGCGUCCCAGCAGCAAUGGCCAUCGUACACCGCGACGGCCAGUCCAGCUCCGACAACGGGGUAUGCUGCGCCGCCAGUCACCCAGACCACAUCCUAUCAAUCACCAGCGUAUGCGCAGCAGUCGUCCUACUAUCCCCAACAGGCCGUGAACUACGGAGGCUCGGCAGCACCGUAUACCGCUGCAUACCCCCCACCAGCGCAAGCCGGCACUUUCACGCAAGCACCACUCAGCCAUUCCGCGGCACCAGCCUACGAGACGGACUAUGAUGCGCAGGUCGCCCAAUGGCAAAGCGCAUACGCGCCCCGCGAUGACGGCAAGAAGCUCGGCAACGCCAACAACAUCCCGCUGGGUGCCCGUGGUGGGACCGACGCCGGCGCCAGCGCGACCCCCAUCGGCGUGGCGGUGCCGGCCGACCCGAACCAGAAGACGGUCGUGCGCAGCGGAGGCGGGAAGACCUGGGAGGAUACCUCGUUGCUAGAGUGGGAUCCGUCGCAUUUCCGGCUGUUUGUCGGGAACCUCGCGGGGGAGGUGACGGACGAUUCGCUGCUGAAGGCAUUCGUGCGCUAUCCGUCCCUGCAAAAGGGCCGGGUGGUGCGGGAUAAGAAAUCGACCAAGAGCAAGGGGUACGGCUUCGUGAGCUUCAGCGAUGCGGACGAUUACUUUAAGGCGGCCAAGGAAAUGCAGGGGAAGUAUAUCGGGAGUCACCCGAUUCAGAUCCAGCGGUGCAAGACGGAUAUCAAGCCCAUGGCGAUGGGCCAAAGGGGACGAGGCGGGCGCCACUCGGGUAGAGCAGGGGGGCGAGAUCGAGAUCAGAAUAAGGUUGCGGGACAUGCGCAAACGGGGGCAGGGGUGCAGAAGAAGCCAGCGAAGACCAAGGGCGGCUUGAAGAUUUUGGGAUGAAGGUUGCAGCGAAUCCGAGCAUGUUGUCAAAUCUCAAAAUCCACUUCAAACGGCUACCGUGGCCCGGAAGAUGCGUUGCCCAUUUCGUCCGGAAUGUAGAUCACGCGAAUGGGGACAAGCCGCGCUCAGGCGUUGCUGAUAGACUGGCAGUAGAUGAUCAGAGUCAGGUCGGGGGUCCAAACAGAAGAGGGCGAGGAUCCUGUGGUGCUGACUACAAUAAACACUAGUACACGGAUCCUUGGACAAGGGGCGACCUACAUGAUGGCGGUUUGUGUGGAUGAAGGUCACUGUAGCAAGAAUUUGAGAUCAGAUGAGUUAAACUCUUAGCUUCUAUACUCGUAGCUUCUGAUAUACAAGAACAGAGAUUUCUGUUUUCUUCACAUAUUAUCAA